AAUCCAAGAAAGGGUCAAAUAAGGGACGAAAAUAACGAACGUAGUGAUGUCUCUAAACAGAGAUAUUUCUCCGGCGUUGCGUCUUGUCCGGGAAUUCUUGCUUGGCAGGCAAUGGAAGAACAACCUGAGGUUUCCCGACCAAGUGACGACUAGGUCCCCCCCACCUCCGAGCCUGCCGCCCGGACCGGCACACAAGUUGUCGGACAACUACUACUUUGCACGGGACGGCCGUAGGGAGGUUGCUCCGCCCAAGCUCAUUGCUGACAGCACCAGCCAGCUCAAGCGUAUCGGAGACCAGAGCAAGGGGGCUACUCCUGGGGAACGCUACCUGCCAUGAAGAUGUUGACCCCUCAAAGAACCUGUAGGAAUAAAGUAAUUUUUGUUCUUUA